ACUGUCCAGGUGAAGUUAGAGCUGGGGCACCGUGCCCAGCUGCGGAAGAAGCCCACCACCGAGGGCUUCACCCACGACUGGAUGGUCUUCGUGCGUGGCCCUGAGCAGUGUGACAUCCAGCACUUCGUGGAGAAGGUCAUCUUCCGGCUGCAUGACAGCUUCCCCAAACCCAAGCGUGUGUGCAAGGAGCCCCCCUACAAAGUGGAGGAGUCGGGCUACGCAGGCUUCAUCAUGCUCAUCGAAGUGUACUUCAGAAACAAGGAGGAGCCGAGGAAGGUCUGCUUCACCUACGACCUGUUCCUCAACCUGGAGGAACCCCCUGUCAACCACCUGCGCUGUGAGAAGCUUACCUUCAACAACCCCACCACUGAGUUUCGCUGCAAGCUGCUCAUGGCUGGCGGGGUGAUGGUAAUGCCCGAAGGAGCGGACACGGUGUCCAGGCCCAGCCCCGACUACCCUAUGUUACCCACAAUUCCACUCUCUGCCUUCUCAGACCCCAAGAAGAACAAACCGUCCCACGGCUCCAAGGACGCCAACAAGGAGAGUGGCAAGGCGUCCAAACCACACAAGGCCAGGGAGCACCGUGAACGGCCACGCAAGGACUCAGAGAGCAGGAGCUGCUCUAAGGAGCCAGAGCGUGAGCCCAAGAGUUCCAAGGAUGCUGCACGCAAGCCCAAGGAGGAGAAGGCCCCACCGCCUAAGGCUGCCUUCAAGGAGCCCAAGAUGGCUAAGGAGACCAAGCUGGAGAGCCUGUCCCCCAAGGGGGCACCCCAGCCUCCUACCCUGCCCAAGGCCUCCAGCAAGCGGCCAGCUGCCACGGACUCACCGAAGCCCAGCGCCAAAAAGCCUAAGAAGAGCGGGUCAAAAGGAGCACGCCGUGCCCCGGGCACCUCACCUCGCACCUCCUCCUUCCCUGACAAAAAGGUGGCCAGGGACAAGAACAGCAGCAAAGGUGACAAGGGGAAGGUGGAGAGUGAGUCACGAGAGGCCAAGCGGACCCUGCAGGCUGAGGACUCAAACUCAGAGGAUGAGGCCUCCUUCCGGUCAGAGUCGGCCCAGUCAAGCCCAGCCAACGCCAGCUCCAGCUCAGACUCCAGCUCAGACUCAGACUUUGAGCCAUCUCAGAACCACAGCCAAGGACCCCUGCGCUCCAUGGUGGAGGACCUGCAGUCUGAAGAGUCAGAUGAGGAUGACUCAUCAUCGGGAGAGGAGACCACCAUCAAGGCCAACCCAGGUCGUGAGUCCAGGCUAAGCUUCAGUGACAGCGAGAGUGACAAUAGUGCUGACUCCUGCCUGCCUGGCCGCGAACCCCCGCCCCCCCAGAAGCCACCCCCUCCCAGCAGCAAGGUAUCUGGCCGGAGGAGCCCUGAGCCCUGCAGCAAGCCCGAAAAGAUUCUGAAGAAGGCUACCUACGACAAGGCGUACACAGACGAGCUGGUGGAGCUACACCGGAGGCUGAUGGCUCUGCGUGAGCGCAAUGUGCUGCAGCAGAUUGUUAACCUGAUUGAGGAGACCGGCCACUUCAAUGUCACCAACACCACCUUCGACUUUGACCUUUUCUCCCUGGACGAAAGCACCGUUCGCAAGCUGCAGAGCUGCCUGGAGGCUGUGGCCACAUGACCCUGGCCGCCACUGUGGAGCCACGGUGGGCAUGGUGGGCACGGGAGGGGCUGGGCAUGAGGGCUGGCCCACCAUGGCUCCCGCUCCCGGUACAACCCCCAGCUCGCCAUGGUGCCCCGGUGCCCCUCAGUGGUUGGUGUUGAAGGGGUGCUGCGGGCCACACCUCCAUAGGACGGGGUGACAACAGGACACAGGUGGCCUGCAGCCCCUCACUUAGUCUCUGCCAGUUGUCCACUGUGGGUGAGGCUGAGUGGCAGGUCACUGCCUGGGCCUCUCAGAGUGGCCAGGAUGACCACAGUCUUCCACACAGUUCACAGGCCUCCCUCAGCUGACCUGCCUCCUAGACUCCAGGGCCAGCCAUGGACAGCUGGCUCUGCUGUGCAGCCUUGUGUACUGUGUGUGCUCCAGGUGCAGCCAGCAGCCAGGGGGGCUCAUGCCACCCUUCUGCUGGGGGCAUGGAGGAUCUCCCCUUUAGAUUUCCAGGAUGCCACUGCCUCUCACGGCCCCAGGCCAUUGAACACUACGAUGGGCACCAGCCUUGGGGCCCAAAGGGCCACCUCUGCAGCCAUGUGCCAGCCAAGCACCCACAGUUCCAAGGCUGGCCGGGCUGGCGCUCUUGGGCCACCAUUCCCCAUGGGCCUCCUCCUCUGCUCUCUCUCUGAUCAAUUCUUUGAACUUUGAAAACAUGAGCUUUUGCCAAAUAUGAUAGGAUGGUGUAUGUGAGGCAGGCCCAGCCCCAUACCGUCUCUGUCCCCGGCUGUAUGGCUCUGCCUCCACAGUGGGCCUGGAGAAGCUUUGGACCUGUGCCCUGCAAACUGCCAAGGGCCGAGCCAGCCCCUUCCCAUGCCUAAGCCUGGAGUGUCACCCCUUCCCCAACUCCAGUCGUCGUUGUCGUCAGUGUUUGUGCCCCAACCAAGGUGUUUGAAAGAGGCCUGAGCUCAAGCGGCUCACUGCCGCCUCAUUGAUGUUGCUUCCUCCCCAGUGUGGGUUCAUCCUUGGAGGCCUGGCCUCCCAGCUCCCUCUCCCUGUCCCUGUCCCACUCCCAGACCAUCUGUCAGGAAGAUCCUGAACACUCCCGGAGGACCCCAGCCUCUAAGGCUUCCCUUACUUCCAGGGAAAGGAGAUGGUCUCUGCCUGUAGCCCCUCUUCCCACUGGGAGGAAGCGGGGCUCGCACCCCACACCUCUUCCCAGACAGGCCGACAAUACUCUCCAUCAGGCGUUCUGCAGCCACCAAGCCUUUGGAUAGAAGGCCCUGGUAUUGUGGCAGCUGUUGUUCUCCACAUGGAGUGCACCAGGGUCCCAAACAGCCUCAGCCCAGGGCACCGUUCUUCCUCCUCUCACGGUCGCCAGCGGCCUAGCCCUUCUGCUGCCCUGGGCCUUGGUGUCCAGUCCUUCCAGAUGCUUCCAGACCCUUCCUGGAAGCACCCACACCCAUCUCUCAGUUACCUCCUCUGGCCGGAAGGUCACACCACUGUCCUCCAGAGCCACUCUGGAGCCCAGCUGACUGUCUGGAAGCCUAAAGAAGCAGCCUACAGCCAGAGCCCUUAGGGCCGUAGGGACUUGUCCAUAGGAACGGAUGGCAGCAUGACUGCCUCCACUGAGUCCCUGUGCUGCCGACUCCUGAACCAGCUCACGACACUGGGUGCAAAAGGUAUUGGAUACCUAUCCCUCCCCAGGGCUUCACAUGACAUGUCUCCAGGAAUAGACAUGUCAGCGGCCCAGAGGGGCCCUGGGCAGAGGGGCAAGGAGAGCUGUGUCUGUAAUGAGCUGCAGGGCCAUUUGUCCCGCAUUUUAAACUUUUUUGUUAAAUUGUGAGAUUAUGGAGGAGUUUUAUAGAAAAUAAAGUGAGAUGGGAGCAAUGGGUGGUCUGCCUUCACUUCAG